CCUUUCUUUAUUUGGGGACAACCUCUAUGAAGAGAGAGUCACCUACCGUGUUGCUUACUCACAACCUCUUACUCCCUGCUGGUGACUUUCUAUGUUUGUUGUCAUGAAACGGCACACGCAUCAAAGGUGUGAUGGGUGUGCUCAGUGACCCCCAAAAGGUAUCAUAAAAAAUGAGAAUUCUGAUUGGAGGUGUUAAACGCCAGCCUGCCAUCACACUCUUUUUUUUGAUUCGCCUUUGCGUGAAAGACUCCUCUUCAGUUUUGUGCCACUCACAUGAUCAUCAUGCAUGGCAGGUGCAAGUGUGUCAAGCAGGCUCACAGUCACCAAAUAAGUCCAGUUUGAUGUUUAUAUGCUGGGGUGUGGGUUAGGAGUGAGAACAGAAUCCAUGUUGAUAGAUACAUUCAUUUCGUUUUCCUGCCAUUCAUUUAAUAAUAUUGGAUGUCGGCAUUUCACAUACAGUACAGGCCAAAAGUUUGGACACACAACACAACUGAUGGUCCCAAUCCCAUUAUUAAUAAGGCAAGAAAUCCCACUAAUUAACCCUGGCAAGGCACACAGGUGAAGUAAAAAAAACAUUUCAUGUGACUACCUCUUGAAGCUCAUUGAGAGAACGCCAAAGGUUUGCAGUGCUAUCAAAAAAAAAGAUAAGACAUAAAAUAGAUGUCUAAAAUAUAAGACAUAGUUAUUUCACACUUUUUUUGUUAAGUACAUAAUUCCUAGUGUUCAUUCAUAGUUUUGAGAAUCUACAAUGUAAAUAGUCAUGAAAAUAAAGAACGCAUUGAAUGAGAAGGUGUGUCCAAACUUUUGGCCUGUACUGUAUGUCCAAAUAAAUGUGGACACGUGUGUGCUUUGUUGACAUGAAUGUUGUUGUAUGCUCUCUUACUCCCUCUGCUGGUCAUAUAAGGACACUGCAGUGGGACACAGACCCCACUGUGCUGCAGCUGCAGGCCGAUUCUGAGCUUGGGAGGAGGCUGCAGAAGCUAGGAGCCUCUAAGAUCACACAGGUCGACUUUCAGCCAAAGGAAGCGGUCUUGUACAGCAAGGAGACACAAACACCGCUCACUGCCCACCUAUCUGAAGUAGAGGAGGAAGAGGAAGAUGAAGAACUGAUGGAGACAAAACCAGGCCCUGAGCUGGAGCUUCAGGAUGAAGAUGACAAGGAAAAUAAAGAAGCAGGUCCUUUCCCUGCGCUGCGGGAGCUGACGGAGGAGGAAAGGCAGCAGAUACUUCACUCUACUGAGUUUCAGAGUUUCUUCGACUGCAGCAUCCGAGUGAUGGAGAGAGCUCUAGCCGAAAGCAGUGACAUCUUCUUCGACUACAGUGGUCGAGCCCUAGAGGACAAGGAAGGAGAUCUGGCUGGUGGCUCCAGUUUGUCCUUCAGUAGACUUUUUUAUGAUGAACAUUGGUCCAAACAUCGUGUUGUCACCUGUCUUGACUGGUCCCCUCAGUAUCCUGAGCUGCUCGUUGCCUCCUAUAAUAACAAUGAAGAUGCCCCCCACGAACCAGAUGGUGUUGCCCUGGUGUGGAACAUCAAGUUCAAAAAGGCCACACCAGAGUACAUCUAUCACUGUCAGUCUCCAGUGGUGUCUGUGGGUUUCGCCAAGUUUCAUCCCAACCUGGUGGUGGGGGGCACCUACUCGGGGCAGAUCGUCCUGUGGGACAACCGCAGUCACAGACGGACCCCCGUCCAGAGGACUCCCCUGUCAGCUGCUGCGCACACUCACCCUGUGUACUCUGUCAAUGUGGUGGGCACCCAGAAUGCCAACAACCUGAUCACUGUGUCUACAGACGGCAGGAUGUGCUCCUGGAGUCUGGACAUGCUGUCUCAGCCUCAGGAGACAAUGGAACUGGUGUACAAUAAAUCCAAACCGGUGGCAGUAACCGGCAUGGCCUUCCCCACGGGAGAUGUUAACAAUUAUGUUGUUGGGAGUGAGGAGGGCACAGUGUACACUGCAUCCAGACAUGGCAGUAAGGCGGGGAUCUGUGAGAUGUUCGAGGGCCACCAGGGGCCCGUGACAGGGAUCAGCUGUCACAAUGCAGUGGGGGCUGUUGACUUUUCCCAUCUUUUUAUCACUUCGUCCUUUGACUGGACCGUCAAACUUUGGAGCACUAAGCAAAACAAGCCUUUGUACUCUUUUGAGGACAACGCAGACUAUGUGUAUGACGUCAUGUGGUCGCCUGUGCACCCUGCAAUCUUUGCCUCAGUGGACGGCAUGGGUCGUCUCGACCUGUGGAACCUCAACAACGACACGGAGGUACCCACCGCCAGUGCCACUAUUGAAGGUGCGUCGGCCCUGAACAGAGUGCGCUGGUCGUCUGGAGGCAAGGAGGUGGCUGUGGGCGACUCAGAAGGACGGGUGUGGGUCUACGAUACUGGAGAGCUUUCGGUGGCCCACAGUGACGACUGGACGCGCUUCGCCCGUACACUGAUGGAGAUCCGCGCCAACCGUGCUGAUGGCGAGGAGGAGGGGCCUAUGGAGCUGGCUUCAUAGAGGGACGACUUCAAACCAAAGUGGAGCCUUGUUGUGCUUUUUUCAGUGUCGACUGUAGCAUGUUAACUUUGAUGCUGGUGUGCUGUUACUGUAUGUUGUGAUUCCGCUCCCCUGUACUGUCUAUUAUCGGGAGGACCAUACAGUAUAUUCUGUAUAAAAAUGACUUCAGGAUGCUGUACUCAUGUGGGAAAAGUCCAAGACCUGGAGUUGUCCUAGUGUGGCACAGUGAACCACCCCUGAAAAAUUAUUUUCUGGAGCUUAUUUUAUUUACUCUCUCAAUAUAUAUAAAAAAAAAAUCAAGUCCUUUGCCUUCAAACAUACCAUUUUUUAAAAUUAGUUUCUCAAGCUGCUGCAUCUCCCCUGAAUUCUUCUGGUGCACUUUCCGCUUUGAAAAGCGCAGGUGUAUAGUAAUCUACUGUUUACAAACGUCACCAUCACUUCACAUCAUGCUUCUUGCAUGCGCCACAUUCCGUGAGUGUUCCAGAGAUGAUAUUGCGUGCUUGUCACAUGUGGGUUUUUGGCGUCAUCUCAGUGUGUAACUUUAUAUUGCAUCAUGGAUUACGACAGUUCAAUCAUACCAGGCAAUGCGGAUAGCUUGUUGUCUUGGGUUUCCUUCUCAGCUUUUACUUCAAUGUUUGUACACCCUGGAAUAAAUAUGCUGUCUAUGAGCACACGUUCAA